AUGUAUAUAUAUACUUGUUUCAUAGCUAGAACUUCUUUACCAGAAUCCAAGAAUCCCAAACUCCACAAACUUGAAGAGUUCACCUUUACUACAGUAAAGAAAAAUGUUGUACAGAAUGCUACUGGUACGAUUAUAGCACUGACGGCAAAUCUUCUGAAAGAGGAAACACUCAUGAACUGGCAUACGCCAACCUUCAAAACCCCAGCUUCAAUGGCAUACAGACCAAAUAGGAGCCGACUAACAUACGAAGGUCUCAACCAUCAUCCUUCCCUUUGCAAACAGACAGAACAGACAAGCACCUCAGACCACAGAAACAAAAACUGCUUCAUCAUUCAUUCAUCGAUUUUUAUUCUUGGAAGAUCGAUGUACCUUAAACGAAAUAUUCAAAACUUUCUCUUACCGAAGAAACAACCGCAGAACACACCACCGUUUAGAAACAAAAUUUCAGUCUCUUCGCUCUUUUCAAAGGACAAAAAACGACAACCAGAAGAAGAAGUAAUAAAUUAUGAAAUUUGA